AUGUUCAAAAACUACUCAUCGCUCAUACGCAAACUAGGAUCUAUAGAACAAAAGAGACUUCUAUCUGAUUCAACUAAAGGUUCUAAGCGUUAUAUACAAACUAUUAACCAGGCUCCAACAUCAUCUACUUUCUCAUAUGUGCCUUUGAAGAGUAAUCCAUCAAGCGUCGAACAAAAUUCUGCUUCCCAGUGGAAUAGACAUACUCUUGCAAGCGGAACUCGCAAAUCACUAAACAAGGCAGCAAACAGCCCCGACUUAGGAGGCAAUAAGUCCGCCAAAGAUAACUCAGGGUCCAAUAUGAUAGGAAGAAAACUUGGUAAUUCAUUAUCAAAAAGGGCUGCAAAUUCAACAUUAACUUCCGGAAACACGCCUUCCGCUUCAUCCACUGACAUAAAACCAAAACCAAGAAGAAGACAAUUAAAACCAAGAAAAUCCCUAAUAACAUGUACGUCGGGCGCCAGAGAACGUCUUCGUGAUUUAUUUAACCAACCAAACCCUCAAUAUAUUAAAGUUGGCGUCAAAAACCGUGGAUGCUCUGGUCUCUCGUAUCAUUUGGAAUAUGUUUCCAAGCCAGAAAAGUUUGAUGAAAUUGUGAAACUUGGUGAUGAUUUGAUGAUAAUCAUUGAUUCCAAAGCAUUGUUUAGUAUAAUUGGUAGUGAAAUGGACUACGUUGAAGAUAAAUUAUCGAGUCGUUUUGUGUUCAAUAAUCCAAACUCAAAGGGCUCUUGUGGUUGUGGAGAAUCCUUCAUGGUAUAA